CCGAUCUGAGCCGAGUCCGGCCGAGCUUGUCCGAGUGGGGAGAGCCCGAGUCGUGUGUGUCCGGGCGGGGAGCCGAGCUUGCCCGAGUCGAGCUUGUUGUCGAGCAUGUCCUGGCCGAGCCUAUCCGAGUGGGGUGGGGUUGGGGGGGAGGAUUCGUCUGGGUCCGGGCGGGUCGUGAGUGGUUCCAGGAGUCAUGGCCGGCGUGGUCGGCUUGGUGACGGCGCUGCUACUGCGGACAGUGAGCCGGGGAUGUGCUGUGGAAAUGUGCCGCCAGCAAAGGAGGUGUUGGGCUCCCAUUUCCCUAAGCCAACCCAAAACCUAUAGCAGUGUCUGUGUGGGUCUCUCUGAGACCGUCUCCUACCAGGAAUUAAAAAAGCUGCUGAAAUCAAACAAAAUAUUUUUGAUCGAUGUCCGAGAACCCUGGGAGCUCACGGAAUAUGGGCAAAUUCCUGGCUCUAUAAAUGUACCACUUGACCAAGUGGAACAUGCCUUACAUUUGGAUCCCAAAAGUUUUACGGAGACAUACAAUGGGCUAAUGCCAACGACGUCGGAUAAAAUUGUAUUUUCAUGUUUGGCAGGAGUCCGGAGCAAAAAAGCUUUAGAUACUGCUGCAUUUUUAGGGUACAGUAGCGCUGUACAUUUCCCUGGUGGUUGGGAAGAAUGGGAAAAACGUGAACUUUCCAAGCAAAAAGGAUGAGCUGAUUUCCUAAAAUCAGGCGCUUCUCGUGGAAAGAAUUCCCAAAGUGAAUGAAAAAAAUAAAUCUAAAAAUGGAAGAUGGUGUGACUAGUUUAAAAUAUGAUGUGAGGUAAUCAUAGUCAGCAAAAUUACAUUUAUACAUUUUUAAUAUUGAUUUUUUUUCUGAUCAUAUUAACACCGAAUAUUUGAGCGUAUCAUUUGAGAUUUAUUACCUUUUGUUGAGAACUAUUUUGUUGAGAAGUAAUAAACUUAAUGAUGACCACAUUCUUUGCAGUGCAGGUUAAUUCUUACGUUUCAUCUAUGCUUUAAAGCAGUUCGCAAACUGCUUGAAUAUUUUUGUCACUGAAAUCCCUGGAUAUUAUGUACUAUGAAUGUAAGUUUUAGUUAAUGUUUUGUUAUCAGAAUUACUUCAUGAUGGCUUUCCUGUGAACCAAGAAAACGAUAUGUGCUAUUUUUACAUUUAUCUUUCCGUAAUUACCUCUGUACCCAAAUCAUCAUUUUCUUUCACAUCAUCACACUCUCCUUGUACCAACUGACAGACAGCAUAUCCAAUGAACAAAUGAGAUUAGUAAGUAGUGUAAUAUUUGAAAGCCACAUGUAACUUCUAAAAGGUCACGUUUAUUAUCAACGCAAAGAUUCGUUACAUAAAAAUAAGUGAUUUUC